AUUCAGAAUAUGAACAACAUAAUCACUUUUCCAUUGGACAGUUUGCUGAAGGGAGAUCUGAAAGGAGUAAAAGGGGACCUGAAAAAACCCUUUGAUAAAGCUUGGAAGGACUAUGAAACAAAAGUUACAAAAAUAGAGAAGGAGAAAAAAGAGCAUGCUAAGCUGCAUGGGAUGAUCCGUACAGAAAUAAGUGGAGCUGAAAUUGCAGAAGAGAUGGAGAAGGAGAGACGGUUCUUCCAGUUACAGAUGUGUGAGUACCUGUUGAAAGUCAAUGAAAUCAAGAUUAAAAAAGGAGUGGACUUGCUUCAGAACUUGAUCAAGUAUUUUCAUGCUCAGUGCAAUUUCUUUCAGGAUGGGUUAAAAGCAGUUGAAAGUCUCAAGCCUUCAAUUGAGACACUCUCGACAGAUCUUUAUACAAUUAAACAAGCACAAGAUGAGGAAAGACGACAAUUAACACAGCUUAGAGAUAUUUUAAAAUCAGCACUCCAGGUUGAUCAGAAAGAGGAUUCUCAGAUUCGUCAGAGUACAGCUUACAGUUUACAUCAGCCUCAGGGAAACAAGGAACAUGGCACUGAACGAAGUGGUAGUCUGUACAAGAAAAGUGAUGGAAUCAGAAAAGUGUGGCAGAAAAGGAAGUGCUCAGUUAAAAAUGGUUUUCUUACAAUUUCCCAUGGUACAGCUAACCGACCUCCAGCAAAGCUCAAUCUGUUAACAUGCCAAGUGAAAACAAACCCAGAGGAGAAAAAAUGUUUUGACCUCAUAUCACAUGACAGGACGUACCACUUUCAAGCAGAGGAUGAACAGGAAUGUCAAAUAUGGACAUCUGUGCUACAAAACAGCAAAGAGGAAGCUUUAAAUAAUGCAUUCAAAGGAGAUGAUAACACAGGAGAAAAUAAUAUUGUCCAGGAACUGACAAAAGAAAUUAUAUCUGAAGUCCAGAGGAUGACUGGAAAUGAUGUGUGUUGUGACUGUGGAGCACAAGAUCCUACCUGGCUUUCAACAAAUUUGGGAAUUCUAACUUGCAUUGAAUGCUCAGGAAUCCAUAGAGAACUUGGUGUUCACUAUUCCAGAAUGCAGUCACUUACAUUAGAUGUGCUGGGAACAUCUGAACUUUUGCUUGCAAAGAAUAUUGGGAAUGCUGGGUUUAAUGAGAUUAUGGAAUUCUGUCUGCCAGUUGAUGAGGUGGUCAAACCUAAUCCAAGCAGUGAUAUGAAUGCAAGAAAAGAUUAUAUUACUGCCAAGUAUAUUGAGAGAAAAUAUGCAAGGAAAAAGCAUGCUGACAAUGCAGCUAAAUUACAUGCUCUUUGUGAAGCAGUCAAAUCAAGAGACAUUCUUGGAUUAGUCCAAGUAUAUGCUGAUGGUGUGGAUCUCACAGAAAAAAUUCCACUGGCCAAUGGCCACGAGCAAGACGAAACAGCACUUCACCUUGCUGUUAGGUCAGUUGAUCGAACAUCCCUUCAUAUAGUUGACUUUUUAGUGCAGAACAGUGGCAAUCUAGAUAAGCAAACAUCUAAAGGUAGCACAGCCCUGCAUUACUGCUGUUUGACGGACAACGUUGAGUGCCUCAAACUGCUGCUGAGAGGGAAGGCUUCUAUUGAAAUAGCUAAUGAAUCAGGAGAGACGCCACUUGAUAUAGCUAAACGCUUAAAACAUACUCACUGUGAAGAGUUGCUUACUCAAGCACUGUCUGGAAGAUUUAAUUCUCAUGUUCAUGUAGAAUAUGAAUGGCGGUUACUCCAUGAAGAUCUAGAUGAAAGUGAUGAUGAUGUGGAUGAAAAGCUGCAGCAACCCAGUCCCAAUCGGAGGGAGGACAGGCCUGUCAGCUUCUAUCAACUGGGAUCAAACCAACUUCAGCCUAAUGUAGCAUCCUUGGCAAGAGAUGCAGCGAACAUUGCUAAGGAUAAGCAAAGAGGAUUUAUGCCAAGUAUAUUACAGAAUGAGACAUAUGGAGCAAUACUCAGUGGCAGUCCACCUCCCAUUCAGCCCACAGUACCUGUUACAAGUAGUGCACCUCCUCUACCUCCAAGGAAUAUUGGCAAAGUUCAGCCUUCAGUUCUUGGCAGUGGUAUUCAGACAAUUUCUUCAUCUAAUGCAAUGUGGAAGACAAAUUCUUUAGGAGUGGAAAGUAUAAGCAGGCAGAGGUCUUCAUCAGAUCCACCAGCUAUUCAUCCCCCUGUGCCGCCAUUGCGUGUAACAUCUACAAAUGUGCUUUCUCCAGCACCACCGCCUCCAGUGGCAAAGACAGCCAGCAUUAUAGAAGCUCUGAACCAGCAAUCUAAACAGCAACCAGCUCCUCCACAAACUAAGCCAACCCCACCACCACUGCCCCCACAACCUCCUAGUAGAAUCUCUCAAAGAAAGCCUAUUCCUGGGACUGAGAAGUCAUCUGGCUUAAGUAACAAAGGGCAGUCCAGAGGACUUGGGUCUCUACAACAAACUGCAGCAGGAGAGGCUGUAUGUGAAAUUCCAGUAACACAAACUGGUUCUACAACAAAUACUUUGGCACAAAUCCAGCCACCAGCACCAAUGCCAAGGAAAUCACAAAUAUCAAAAACUAAACCCAAGAGAGUAAAAGCAAUUUACAACUGUGUAGCAGAUAACCCAGAUGAGCUAACUUUUUCAGAGGGAGAUAUUAUUGUAGUCGAUGGUGAAGAAGAUCAGGAGUGGUGGAUCGGUCAUAUUGAUGGAGAUCCCAGUCGGAAAGGAGCUUUCCCUGUAUCAUUUGUGCACUUUAUUGUUGACUAAAUUGCUACUGAUAACUGAAGACAUUUCUCAUUUCCAGCAGUCACAGAAAUAAGUUUGGCUCUAUUUCAUUUCAUCCACCGAUCUGCAGACACCUUGCCAGAGCACUGCCCAAGUCCUAGGUACUGUAGCUUACUUUUUUAUUGCCAUCAUUCUGAUGUUGGGACUUUGAAAACUGUUUUCUAUGUGAAAACUUCUCACGAGCAGUUUACACUUUAAAAAAA